UCCACACACCACUAUUUUAUAUUUCUCCAAUUUUCCAAAAUCUAGUGCCCACGACCACCAAAAUUCGAGCAAGCUUUCUCUCCCCUAGGAUCCAACCUGAAUCCACGUUGACCCAUAUUGAAAGCAUGGAUGGUGAAAGAGAAACCCUAGAGGAGCCUAUAGAAAAGGAGGGAUCUUUGGUUGGGGAUGGGAAGGACCUAAAGGUGGGGGUUUUGGGUUCUGAUUUGUGCAUAGAAGGUGUUGUUUGCACUCGUGAGCGUGAUGCUGAGCUGAAUGGUGAUGUGGGUUUUGAUGGAUCAAAAGAGGAGGGUAAAGGUGUGGAUCCUUCAGGUGGAGAAGCUGCUGAGGCUCUUGGUGAGGAUUCUCAAGUUUUGAGAUCCUUAGAAAGUAAGAGCGUGAAUGAGAUUGCUGAGUUAGAUGGAAAUGAAGCUACCUUGAAAACAUUGGAUGAGCAGAAGAACAUUGAUGACAAGGAGGUCAAUAAGUUAGUGGAGAAAGAAGCAAUUAGUGAUGUUAUUCAGGCUGAGCCAGAUGUUACGCAAAGCAUUAAAGAACAUGCUGGGGAUCUUGGUGAAGGUUCUCAAGUUGUGAGGUCCUUAGAAGGUAAGAGUGAGAAUGAGACUGCUGAGUUGGAUGGAAAUGAUGUCACCUUGAAAACAUUGGAUGAGCAGAAGAACAUUGAUAUUCAGGUUGAGUCGGAUAUUAGUCAAAGCAUUGAAGGGCAAGCUGGCAUUGCUGAGCAGGUUGGUUCACAAGGAGAGCAGGAAAUUGAAGGUGAAAAACUUGAUGAUGCUAAACAGCGAAAACCAACACAUGGAAGAGUUGCAAAGCAUGUGUCAAAUAAAAGUUCAGGAAACAUUCUUCAAGCAAGUUAUCAGCUGCCAAAGGAAAAAUCUGAGUUUUCUGUGUAUGAUAUGGUUUGGGGUAAGGUGAAAAGCCAUCCGUGGUGGCCAGGGCAGAUAUUUGAUCCCUCGGAUUCGUCUGUGGAGGCAAAGAAGCAUUUAAAAAAGGACCGCCAUUUGGUUGCGUAUUUUGGGGAUAGAACAUUUGCUUGGAAUGAGUCAUCUCAGCUAAAGCUCUUUAGGACUCAUUUCUCUAAUGUUGUAAAGCAGAGCAAUUCAGAUGCAUUUCAGAAUGCAGUAGAUUGUGCUUUGGAUGAAGUCGGGAGAUGUGCAGAAUUUGGGUUAGCAUGUUCCUGCAUACCUAAAGAUACUUAUGACGAGAUUAAGCUCCAAACUGUUCAAAACACUGGGAUUCGAGAAGAACUAAGUUUCACACGCAGAGUGGAUGAAUCUUUAAAUGCUAGUUCCUUUUCACCUGAGAACAUUUUGGAAUACUUGAAAACUCUAUCCGAGUUUCCAACUGGUGGCUUUGAUCGAUUGGAGCUUUUAAUUGCUAAGGCUCAGUUGCUUGCUUUCUAUCGUUUGAAGGGUUACUCUUGCUUGCCUGAGUUGCAAUAUUGUGGAGUUGUGGAUAAUGACACUGAUGCCUUCUUAAUUAAGGACUUAAUUAAGGGCUCUGAUAAAAGUUUGAGUGAAGUUAAUAAGCAUGCAACUCAUGCGAGUAAAAAAGGUCAAACUGGUGCUGGAAAUUUGAAGACAGCAAAUGGCUCCUGUCUCAAACGCAAGCAUAAUUUGAAAGAUGAUUUAUAUCCAGAAAAGAAGAAAAUAAUUUUGUCAGAAGCAGCAGGUGGGACUCCAGAUUCUUCACUUGGUAAUUAUCAGCCAGGGAUGAAAGAUAGGAGAAAAACAAUUUCCCUUGCCAAAGUUUCAAAUACCAUAAAUCAAUCAUUUAAGAUUGGUGAACGUAUUCUAAGGGUUGCUAAUCAACUUACUGGACCACCCUCCUCUAUGUUGAAGUGUUCUGGAGACAGGACUCAAAUGGAAGAUGGAAGUGCUGAUGGUUUUCCAGGGAAUGGAUCUGAUGUCUUCUCCCCUAAUCCUGAGAAGACUCAGAAGUCAAGCUUCACUGUUCCAACGGAAUAUUCAUCUCUAGAUGAUUUGCUACAUUUACUUCAGUGGGUAGCACAUGAACCCCUGGGAGAUUAUAGUUCCCUGAAUGUUAUAGUGAGCUUCUUCUCUGAUUUCAGGAAUUCAAUAAUCGUGGCCAAUGAUUCUGGAAAAGAAAAUUUUCCUACAAAGAAAGUUGGUGCUAAAAGGAAUAAACGACCUGUGGGUGGAUCACCUGAAACAUUUGAAUUUGAUGAUCUGAGUCAUACACAUUGGACUGACAUGGGCAUCCAGAGUGGUUCUGAAAAACAGCAGUCACAGAGAAGCAGCAGAAGAGACUAUCAACAUGCCCCUGCUGAGCCAGAAAAACCUUUUAUAGUUUAUACUCGUAGGUCCUAUUCCAGGAAACAAUGUUCUGACAGCAAUCAUGUUGCAGUUCCUGAAAAGCAUUCUGGUUGUGCAGAUGAGAAUUCCCCAGUUGAGCUUGUUUUAAACUUUGCUGAGCUGGAUUCUGUUCCCUCAGAAAUGCGCCUAAAUAAGAUUUUUAGGCGAUUUGGACCUCUAAAUGAAUCUGAAACAGAAGUUGAUAGAGGGAGCAGCCGGGCUAGAGUGGUUUUUAAGAAGUGUGUUGAUGCAGAGGUUGCUUUCAGUAGUGCUAAAAAGUUCAACAUAUUUGGAUCAGUUCUUGUAAAUUACAAGCUUAACCAUACUCCAAGUACAUUAUCCAAAGCUUCAUCUCUUGCCACAACUCAAGACCAGGAGAACGGAAAUGCAUCUUGAUCCCUCCAAUUCUGAACUUAAUAUGAUCUAAUUGUUGGGUAAGUAACUUUUUUCUUUCACAUGUGCAGUGCUUGAUAAUUGACUAUUUUGUUAGGUGCCCACAUGUCCUAUGGUUGAUGUGAUAGUAACUGCAUGCUAUCCUGAUGGAGGAUGCAGUAGCAUCAAUAGAGCAUAGGUUGAACAUGAAAUCAUCUUAGUUAUUUUCACUCUAGUUUUGAUUUGGGACUAAUUGUAUUGUAGUCUUACUAGGUCAUAAUUAUUUUAGUACCACUAGAAUGUUUUUAAGGAAGCAUGUCAGCCAACCCACAAUCUAGAACAGUGAAGAUAAGGAGGAGGAUGUAUCAAACAUUCAGCUUUCAAUCUCACCACUUCAAGACAAAAGGAAAUGAUUUUGCACUUUUGCAGCAAACAUCUGAGACUACUAAAGAAAGAAAUAUGGAAGAAAACAAGGGUAUUACUUACUUGAGCAAAUGUGCUUAGUGAUUUUUAGCUAUCACAAUACCAAUGUAUCCUUUGUUAGCUCUAUUUACUUAGAUAUAUGUGUCAUUACAAAAUGAAAGUUUUCAGUCUGGGAGCAGUAGCAUUAAAAGCAUUAGUUAGAUCCAUUUGGACAUUCAAUUGUAUAUUGGCUUUAAAAUGUUGAUAAGUAAACGGUCCUGUUUCUUUGGUUUAGCUAGUUUGGGGCCUCCUAAUUUAAUUGUCACAGUGAACUAUAGAGUUGAAAAUACUGAAACUUCGGUUUUUGUAAGAUUUUCCUGUUUGUUAGUGUUUGCACUGUGCAUCUUUUGUUUGAUUUGGCACAAUUUUGA